AUGUAUUUUACCCCACAUCAAGAGCAGAUCGUACUAAAUGUUGCUUCCAGUGGUAUUGCUUCUUUGCUAAUGUCAAGAGGUAGAACGGCACAUUCUAGAUUUCACAUUCCCAUAAAUUUAGAUGAGAGUUCUAUGUGUCACAUAAGGGCUGAUGGUGAUGUAGCCUACUUGCUUAAGCAUACUAGGUUGAUUAUAUGGGAUGAAGCACUCAUGGUACAUAGACAUGCGUUCGAAGCUUUAGACCGAACAUUUAAAGAUGUUUUGGUUGAGAAAAGCAAUUCUCAUUCGGAUGUAUUAUUUGGAGGUAAAGUAAUUUUGUUUGGUGGUGAUUUUAGAAAAAUUCUUCCUGUUAUUCCAAACGGAAGUAUGCAAGAAAUUGUUAACGCUUCGUUGAGUUCAUCUUAUAUAUGGUCCCACUGUAAAUUACUUACCUUGACCAAAAACACGAGGUUGACUAUCGGUGCUUUACAAUCCAGAAUGGAGGAGACUGAGAAAUUUGCCAAAUGGCUUCUUGAUAUUGGCGAGGAUAAAGUUGGAGGUGACAACGAUGGUGUGGCAAUUGUAGAAAUACCUUCUGAUCUUCUAAUUACAGAUACUUCGGAUCCCAUUGAAAGUUUGAUUCAAUUUGUAUAUCCGUCUGUUUUAGAAAGAUAUAUGGAUCUAGAUUAUUUUUCUGAAAGAGCGAUUCUGACACCCAAAAAUGAGGUCGUACAUGAAAUAAAUGAUCGAUUGUUAGAGUUGUUUCCUGGUGAACCAGUAGAGUACCUAAGCUCUGAUAGUAUAUGUCAAACGAAAAAAGGUAUUGAUUCCUUCCAGCAAGAGUUGUAUUCACCUGAUGUUUUGAAUGGUUUAAAGAUAUCUGGUUUACCAAAUCAUCGUCUGGUUCUAAAAGUUGGUGUUCCUAUUAUGCUUCUUAGGAACAUUGACCAACAGAAUGGAUUAUGUAAUGGUACAAGGUUAAAAGUUACAUAUCUUGGAAAGAGGUUAUGGAAGGUGAAAUUAUAUCAGGUGCUAAUGUUGGAACUAGAACGUUCAUUCCAAGAAUUAGCAUGA